AUGUUGGAUAAAACGAUGCAGGAUACAACGAACAAGCAGCCACCAGCAGCAGCGGCUAGAUCACAGCAUCAGAAACCUCAUCCCGAGCAGCAGAAAAGACUGCGAACGUCGGACAUUACAUCAUCACCUUCAUCGCAGCAACCGCACAGCACGGUGCAAAGGGAACAACUACUGCCGGUAUCGGUACCGUUGCCACAGCAACACCCAUCGAAACAGCUCCAGCUGCAACUACAGCAAGAGCAGGAACUUUCGGCCAUACAGGAAAAACCAUCAGAACACGUCCAAAUUCAUUGCCAAUCGGUCGGGUCGACCGGAACGGCGGUACCACGACUCGAAACGCCGGUCAAACCACCCAAAGACGGCACGGGAACCGGUGCGCCAGUGUCCUUUUCCUUCUACAAGACAAUCAAUACGGUGAUCAAGAGCAGCCGCAAAAUUAUAGUGCGCGUUUGCGAGGUAACCAAUGUAAAGACCAAGCUCAAGAUGUUCAAUCUCUACUCGACGAUGAACAAGCGCAAUGGCGCGGACGAUAAGGAGGCUAAGGAGGUCGAAACGACCGGCCACGAUCGGUUCUGUCAAGAACGACCCUCAAGGUCGAGCUACCGGCGGAAAAAGAGAAAAAUGAGACGUGCCCAGUCGGCGGCCGAAUUCCAGGAACCGCGCUCCGAACCACCCCUUACGGCGGCCAGCAAACGCAUGUUGUUCAGAGGUCGGUCCAUCAGCUCCGAGCACGACAACAACUCGGAAACCGAACAUUCCGAACGGUCGCCACUGGUCAGCGCCAAGCUCGACUCGCUGGCCAAGUUCCUCUUCAGCCGGAGCCUGCUGCAGGAUAGUACGAGCGCGGCCAAAGAGAACGAUUCGCCGACAAGACACAGCGUGCGCUACCAGCAGUAUACGGCACUGGACAGUGGCAUCGGGGCGCCAGAUCGCAGUCCGCGGGAACGAGCGGCACGGGAACGGGCGUAUGCCGCAUGCCAGGAAUGGCUGCAGAACACGGGCGGCCGGUACGAGUCCAUCGCACACCUAGAUGAUAUCGGAUCGCGCUCCAAUAAGCACUGGUUCCUGCUGAACGAUUGCACGAUACGUACCGAUCGGCUUAUGACGCUGCUACCAUUACCUCCCGAUUGUAUUGCCUUAGAAGAGUUGCCGCCCUCCGAAUGUCCCCAGGGAGUGCUGAUGGAGCUGCUCGGCUCGCUGCAGCAUCCGUACAUUUAUCCGGUGCUAGAUCUAGGUUUUUUCCCCUCCGAUUCCCACCAGUACACCAGUCUCGUGAUGCCAUUCAAUCCCCGCGGUAGCCUCAAGGAUCUUAUCUACAAGUCACAAUGGAAUGAACCGUGGAGCCGCAAGUACACGCGAAAGUCUACCUGUCUGCCCUUGUCCCAGGUACAGCGGCUAGGGCGACAGAUUCUGGAGGCACUGCUGUUCCUACGCGAGCGCGGCAUUCCUUCGCACGGUCAUCUGCAUAGCGGCAAUGUCAUCCUGCAGAAUGGAGUCGCUCGAUUAUCCGGCUUAGAAAAUGGACUGCUUGGACUGAACUCGCGCGUAAACGCCGUCAUCUGGGCACGAUCCGCGCCGGACAUCGAUAACAUCGACGUCAUCUGCUUCGGUCACCUGCUGUUCGAGAUGUGUGCCGGAUAUGAGCUGACAUCACCCCAGCCAACACCCGGCCACUACCAGCUCGAUCUCGAGCGAUAUCCACAGGUGGUCGAUGUACUUCAGAUGAUCUUCGAGUCACCGGAUGGCCGCUACCCGACGGUGGAGGAGCUCGUGCUUUGUGAUAUUUUCCGCAAUAUCGAUUUACGAGAAAUGCGAGGAACAUGUGUGCCUUCCUUCAAACACGGUUUGAGUAGCUCCACCCUGAGCUUACUGAAUGCGGUACGGCGUCGCCAGGGAGCCAUCCUGAGCGGUUCGUAUAGCGAGGGAAGCUCGCCCUGUACACCACCAUCGACGCCACGUGAUCGAAAAACCGGUGAUGUAGAAUCCUCCGAUCUGUCUAGUAGUGAUUCUGAAGAUCUGUUAGAUGAAAUAGUUAUAGCGUCAGCCCGCAUCGACGAUCCAUGCCAUUACGAUCCACUGAGCUCGCCGAUACAUUACUGUGACAAUAAUGUCCACUCGGACGACAACAGCAAUAGUAACAACAACACAAUCAUUCGUAUAGAUUCGAUCGAAGAAGCGCACGGGGCCGGCACGUCAGCCACGGGGGCGUCGGUGGGCGCGGUUGCGGGCGGUUCGGGCGGGUCGGGUGCCGUCAGCCUCAAUCCGUCCUCCGCGUACAAGAACUCCAAGUCGCGCCGAAUGGAGUACAGCCGGCGCGGCAUGAUACUCGGGCUCAGCAACCCAUCGCAAGACUCCGCGUUCGGUUCCAUGACGGACGGCGAAUCGUCCAGGGCGUCCAGCUUUAAGCUGAGCAGUUUCGCCUCGAUGAACUCGCCGAUCGACGAGGGCGUUGAGGAUCUGCUGGUGGAGCAGGGUGGUGCCAGCACUGCAGACAAUCUUGCGACCACGAUUGCCAACAUGAAGUACAUCGAUUCGACCGGUUCGUCACCCUGUCACGACUACCAUCACCACUCGCAGUCACAGGUGUUGCCACAAGCGUCGGGAUACAACGGGACCGGACCGUGUGCUGUGAGCAGCUCCCGGACGGAGCCCUCGAUCGCUUCCCGAGAUAUCUCGCCGAGUCGUUCGAGGUUCCUGGAACCACCCAAGCUCGUCAUUAACAAUCAUUCGUCGUCCACGACGAACUCUUCGCUGUGUUACACUCUUUCCCCGCUGCGCAAGUGUGCCACUACCGAGGUCUUCUCGCAGAAGUACCGUGUGUCCUCGUUCGAGGACAUGUCGUACAACUCCACGCGCAAGUCAAUCAAAAACACGAGCCGCAAGAUCUUCCGCUCGUUCGAGGAGGAGCGGCGCAUCGAUUCGGCGUUCAUGCCGAUCGAUACCUCUCGCUCACAGCCUCCCCGUCCGGCGGGACAGUUGCAACCGCAGCUAUCACUACCGCCGAUGCUGGCCCCACCGUCAACACCGUCUCCCAAGCACGUACCGUCGCCAGUGUCCCCAGUGUCGAGAAAGAACCAUGCGUCCUAUCAAAAUCUGCACACGAUUGUGCCCACGGCUCGAGAGCGUGGUCUCCAAUGGCGCAACAAUUUGAUCAAAUCAAACGAGUGUCUGUUUGAGACGUCCUUCAACUGUGUUCCUGUUGCGCACCAGCAGCAACUGCACACCCAUCAGUUCCGCUCGGCUUCCAGCUUCUCCGGGGGUCCCCAUUUGGAGAUGGAUCGCUCCAUGUUCCGAACGCACGGUUCACAGGAUCUUCCUACAACCGAAAGUGGUAGCAUUGGGGAGAUCAGUUGUGAUCGCUUCAUACUGACUCCGGAACCACUGCCACCCGGAAGUCCCUCCUGUACCUCGUUGGUGACGUCCACAACGACAUCCUCGCCGGCGGCCUCGCUCGCUUCGACGAGCCGCUUGCGACCGAACCGAACCGAUCGGCAGCAACUAUUCUCCCUGGCACGGUUCAAGCACAGCACAAUCCUGGACAGUGUGUCCAUCGAAGACUUCUCCUCGGAAACGUCACUCCGGGCUGCUACCGGGCGUUCGAACAGUCCCGCCAGCCCGUGCCGUAGUGCGGCUAGUGCCGCUUCCUCCUCGUCGACCGGUGAUGGCGCUACACUAGAGUUUGAAGUUAAACCACUCUCUUCGGACGUAACCUGCACGUCGGAUGCUUCGGACACGGCCAGCGAAGAUGCAACGAGCGUCAGCACGACGGACACCUCUUUGCUCAAGUCUCCCGUGCCACAGCGAUCGUCCAGUGCCGGGAAUGCUGAUCCGAACCGACACAAGCACGCGCCGCGGGACGUACGCCAAUAUCUGGACGAUGCUGCCGGCAGCGAUGAGUUUGGCAGUGGCAAUGAGGAGAAAACGCCCCUGCUGGAUGGGAUGGAGCUGUCGCCGAUCUCGCCGACAGAAUCGGAACAAAUGUUGUGAUAAUAUCUGGGCAGGGUCGGGUGCGCAAACCGCUUUUCCGAUGACUUCGGUGACUCUGUUCAGGUCGAGAUACUGC